CAGUGUUUUGUCUUAAUUUUAACGAUGUGUACACAUAACCAUGAAGUAAACAACUCGGUCGUUUUUUGUUAACAGAAACAUAUUUGUUCAAAAUCAAUUUAUAUUAUAGUACAAUAAACAUUAAUUAUAUUCACUAAUUAUUUUAUCCUCUAUCGAGGACCUGAAAAAAUAUUCAUCUUAAUUAGAAAUAAGAAUCCACACUUCACAUUGAUGAAAAACAAUUGCAUUUAAAGCGAAAAUAAAAAAAAAUGUAUACAUCUAUAUUAGACUACAUAAUUCAGACAAAAGAUUCUCUCAAAGAGUUUGUACAAAGUGAAGUUAAGUACGACGAAGAAAUCGAUUCAUGGUUAUUCGUAAACCAGCCAUGGCCAGUGUUCGGGAUAAUUAUUGUGUACUUAUUGUUCGUGAUAAAAAUUGGUCCCAAAAUGAUGGAGAAUCGUCAACCAUACAAUAUUACUAAAGUAAUUUUGGUUUUCAACUUUGUACAAUUUUCCUACAACGGUCUGCUUUGUUUAUGGAUUAUUUUGAUUCCCGGUAUACCAAAGUAUAUAUUUACUCACCUAUGUCAUAUCACUAAAGACACUCAGCACGAGAGAUAUUUAAUAAAAUGUCUGCACACUGUUUCAUGGUUUUACUUCAUGUCCAAGAUCAUUGAUUUAUUGGAUACAGUAUUUUUUGUUUUGAGAAAAAAACAAUCCCAUGUAUCUUUUUUGCAUGUUUACCAUCAUACAAAAAUGGUAAUCUCAUGUUGGGUACAUUUAAGAUUUUUUAAAAGCGAACAAGCGGCUUACGGUGCGUGGCUUAACUCGAGUGUUCAUAUCGCUAUGUACGGAUAUUAUUUCCUUGCUGCACUUGGACCAUAUAUGCAAAAAUAUCUGUGGUGGAAAGUUUACGUUACACGAUUACAAAUUGCUCAACUAUUCAUCGCAGUAGGCUAUAUAAUAUUCCUGUAUAAAUAUGACUGCACCAUGCCAAAAGCAUUGGCGUUUACCGUAAUUAUCGAUAUCAUUGCAUUUAUUUAUUUGUUCAUGGAUUUUUACAAGUCCGCUUAUAAGGAAGAUAAAAUAAACAUAGCCGACAUAAAAGAUGAUAAAAUAGAUACUGUAGACAAAAUUAAAUCAUCAUAAGAGUAUAGAUCCUGUCAUAUUAUAUAAAUCGGUAUUUUGUAUACAUUUUACAUAUUAUACUUAUUUACAAUUAAUUAUAUCUAUAUUCGGUUAAAAUUGUACAGCUUACUUAAAGUAAGUUCGAUCCGUCAAAUAUGUAUAUCAAUAAAAAGUCAAAUACAACCACGGGACAACAAAAAAUUGUAAUUCUAUUUAUAAGCCACCUUGCCUAUAUGUAUUAACUUUUCUUCUUACGUUACCUGCCACCUAAUAUAUAAAUUAAAGAAAAUAUUUUCUAAGUUGUUAUGGAUUUCAUUUUAUUUUAAUAAUUGACUGUAUUUUAAAAUAUUUAAAAACAUUUAUCAUCAUUGACCUCAUCAAUAUUUAUAUUAAUAUUAUUAAUUGUUAAAUAAAUACUUUCAUAGUUAAAUAUAUAA